AUGGCCUCACAGGGUGCAAGCGGCAGCCUGGUGGAGAGCCUGGCGGAGGCAGAGCAGCUUCUCGUCAAUCGCAGUGGCAGCAGCAGCUGCGGCAACAACUCGGCUGUUGCCAGCGAGGAGAGGGACUCCAUAGUUGAGGCAACGGCGGUCAUAGAGCACCUCGAACGAUCAAGCAACAUCGACACGAGGUCGGAGGUGGGGAGCGAUGGAAGCGGGCCGCGGCCAAGGCAAACCGCCACCUCCAGCUUGGUUAGUGGAGAUUCGUCGGGAGACAGGGUUGCCGCUUUCCAGGCUGAUGAGACGGACCCAUCCAAGUCUUCGACGCUGCAGCUUCUACAGGAUACACGGGCAGCGAAAGAAGAGGCCGAUGCGAGGCUGUUGUCUGCGGAACGAAUGAUUGAGCAGCUGGAGGUUACCAAGCAGAAAGAGCUUGAACAAAUGAAAGAAAAGAUCGAUGACGUUCAGAUCGAUGCUGCCAAGAGUUUACUCAUUCAGAAGAGGCGUUUAAACCAGGAGAUGGUCGUCAUGAAACAACAGCUUUUGACGUCAGAGCAGCAGGAGGAGAACGCGAAGGAGAAGAAGGACGUCGUUGUGAGAUGUCUGGCGAGCAUGCAAGAAACGCACGCGAAGGAGAUUUCCAAUUUGAAAGUCCAGAUCGACCCCAGCCAGAUUGCAGCCAAAUGUGAAGAGAACGUGAGAGUGGACUUGAACAAUGCACACGUCGAGAAUCGGGCGAUGUUGAGCGAGCUGACCGAGCUGCGGAUGAAGAUGCUGGAAAAAGAACAGGCUCGUGAGAACGAGGUAUCAGAUUUGAAGACGAUGCUGGAGGUGGCCCGCCUCAGGGAGGAGACGCUGGAGCAGGAGGCGUCUGUCAGCUCGAUCCCGAGUUGCCGUUCGCGCCUUCUGACCAUGGUGAGCGGCACCAGGAGGAGAAACCGUUGCAGUCCAAGGCGGCCUCUGGUUCUUUGGUAG